AUGAGAAAACAGAGCAUAAAAAACUUUUUAGUACUAACCAUCAUCACAUUUGUCACAUUCGUAUCAUUCAUCAAAUGUGAUGCUGCUGCCAUAGGACAGGGAGCCACCCCUACUAAAACUCCCAUCGGAUCCGGCGCAGAGCCUGCAGGAAAAGGCCACCCCACUGGCCCUGGACCUGUGGAAAAAUCACACCACAGCUCCUCCUCCUCCUCCACCACCACCACAACGCACUCUGGAUUCUACGGCAUUCUUAUCUAUGAACCAGCCCAGGGCGAAGACGUCAGCUACUUCUAUAUAAUCGUCAUGAGUCCAAUAACUUCUAUAAUUGGUCUUAUCCUUGGUAUCACUAUGAUCGUCUUUGGAGUGCUGGGAGUUAUGUCUGCAGGAGGCGUUGGAUCAGCAUAA